AUGAGAAGGAAAUUUAUAUACAUUAUAUAAUUUGUAAUAACUUACAUUUAUAAUGUAGUAGGAGAUGAUAACACCUUUACAUUUGAUCCAACUUCUUAUCAAGUCACUGUACCUGAUUUAGCUGUUUCUGUUGCUACAACUUUAGAUAAAAAUUAUAUGUAUGUUGCUUCCGGGGCCUACGGUGUCUAUACAUAUGACAUCAGUGACUUGCAAAAUAUAAAACUAAUGUAUAAUUUUGAUCUCUAAGGUGACACUGAUAGAGCAAGGAGAGUAUGUCUUUUCUAAAACGAUUAAGCGCUGAUUGUAGCUUAUGAAUUAGGUGGAUUAGUAAUUUAUAAUAUAUCAAACAAAUAAACUAUACCAAGCAUUUAGGUGUAAAUUUAGUCAUUAUAUGCAAACACAAUAAAUGUAUAUUAAGAUACGAUAUUAUUUGCAACACAAACAUAAUUAUACUUUCUUAAGAAAAAUGAGAAUUAUGCAAUUAAUUAACCGAUUCCUAUAGGUACUUUUAUUCGCAAUAUAAGAGUAUACACAAUCAGAGGAAAGCCAUACGCCUACUUAACUUUAGGACAAUAGGGUUUAGUGGCAAUAGACAUACAAUCGUAGGCUAUAGUAUAAUAGUACUCUAUAAGCAAGAGUGAAACUUUUGAUAUGGCUGUAGAUAGUUAAGGAUUAUAUGCCUUUGCUGCUUUAACAAUUUAUGGAGUAGAUAUGUUUGAUAUUUCCUAACUAGGUAUAGGUACCAAUCCAAAUAUCUAGAAACCUAUAUCAUAGAUUAUACAAAACAAUAAUUUCUAUUACUCCAUUUUUAUAAUAGGAAACCACAUGUACUUAUCAUCUUAUGGCAAAGGGGUUUAAAUAUAUAACAUGAUAUAUUAACCAACAUUUAAUCUUUAAUUGAUUUAAGAAAUUAUCUUAGUUGGCGAUACUACAACCAUUUACACAGAUAUUAAUGAAACUGAGCUUUUUUCAACUAAAAAUAAUGUUGUACACAUUAAUUAAAGAACUUCUCCACUCCUUCAAAAUAUAGAUUUAAUGCCAAAUUUAUAGAAUACUCAUUAGUAAAUUAGAUACGCAAUAGAUAACUCAUAUUUGAAUGUGGCAUGGGAUUCAUAUUUAUAUAAAAACCACUUUUUGAUUGUUCCAUAUGCUCAUUUAUAUAUAAUAGAUAUCACAGAUUUUAAUUCUUUUGUAAAUAAUUCACAAUCUUUAAAGUUUACUCCUACUUAAGAAUAACCUUAAUCAUCUACUAAAUGCGACAUGAGUAAAGAAAUAAUAGGUUCUGAUCCAGGUAUUACAAAUACAAUAGAUGGAAUUGCAGUUGAUGAGGUAAAUAAUUUGCUCUUUUUAGGUAGAAAUAAAGCAGGAAUGUUAAUUUAUGAUAUUAUUUAUGUAAGUAACCCAGAAUCAGUUACUUUGUAAUUAAAAAAUUCUAUGACUUAAACAAAUUUUGAAGUAAAUGAUAUAUUUUUAUACACGGUUGAAAAAUAAAUUACAAUUUUUUGUGCUUUGGGAAAUUUUGGCUCAUCAAUUUUGACAUAUAGCAUAAAUAGUAACUCAUUUGGUAGUGAUAUAAAAAAUUUUCCAUUAAAAGACGACUUUUAAAGUUCAAGAAUAGUUAAAGUCCUCUCAGUGCAGGAUAAAUACCUAUUUGCAGGUGCUAGAAGAUAUGGAAUUUUAGUUUAUGAUUUAAAAAAAGGUUCUCAAGAUCCUAUUUAUAAAAUAAGAACUGCAGGAGGGGAAGAUUUUGAGUUUUCUCAGGAUAUGAAAUAUAUUUAUGUUGCAGACUUUUUAAAUGGAUUUUCUAUCAUUUCAAUUUAAUUUGAUUAAUAAAAUAAUCUGAUUAAUACUCCUACUAUUUUAUCAAGAGUGCUACUUGAUGGGUAAGCUAUCAUGGUUUAGAGUUUAAUAGAUUAAAGAUAUAUCUUAGUUGGGUCUACUGGAAACAAAUUAAUUUCUCUUAUUGACGUAUUUAAUAAAUAUAAUCCAACUCUAGUUCAAACAAUGAGUCCAUAAAAUGAAGUAAUGUAGUCUUUUGUUUUAAGAAAAACAGAUUAAGGAUAUUUUAUUGUCAUGCCAACUACUAGAGGACUUAGAAUUUAUAACAUGAAAAGGCCUUUUGAUUUAUUCUACGAAAUUAUGGAUGUUAAUACACAAAUUAAGUAAUCCUAUUAAACCAGUUUGUUGGUAGGAGAAAAUUUAAAAUUAAAGUUGAGUCCUAUUAAUCUUUAAAUGGACUAAGUAUAUCAACUUAGUUCAAAUCUUUACUUGAUACAAAAUUUAAUUAUACAAUCUAUACCUAAUUACAUAUCUUUCAAUCCAAUUGUAAAUGAAAUUAAUUUGACCUUAAAUAAAGAUAACAUGGGAGUCAUGGUGAUGGUAGCUUAAUUCCUUUUCUAAAUAAGUGAGAAGACUUUCUCUGAUGCUGGUUUUACUAAAAAUGCCUUAGGUAUUCUCUCAGAUGCUUAACAGAGAGGAUUUCUAGAUAGCAAAAAUUAUCCUACAGAUAUGAUUCCUUCACUUCGACUAUGGACUUCGGUUUCAGCUGAAAGAUAUGUGGAAAAUGGCAAGUCAAUAAGUGAUGUUAAAUACUAAAUAGAGUCUAUUUUUAAUAGUAAAAUAGUUUAUAUUCCAAUUAGGCUGAAUGUUAUGAACUCUAUUACAUUUAAUAACUAAAAUUAAGAUAAUACUAAUUCUUUAAUAUUAUCUACUUUAUCGAAUACAGUUAGAAUAACAAUAACAAAUUUAGAUAAAACAGUUGGCUAAUUCGUUAAUAAAAAAUAUGAUUAAAUAUAAACUGAUAUUAGCUCUGAUUAACAAAGAAUAUCAUUGAAUGGAGAUCCUACGCAAGUAAGCAAUGCAUUAUCAUAAUUAGUUUUUAGCAGUCCCCUCCUUAAUGGGAUAAAUAUAGUGAACGCUUAACUUUAAGCUUCUAAACUAACGAUUCUAAUAGAAGAUAGUAUAAAUGCACCAAUUUAAAAUGAAUACCAGUUUAGAGAUGUUAAAUUUUUAGUUUACAAUACUUAGCCUUAGAUUAUAAAUCCUAUUUAAGUUCAAUUUGAAUAAUCCUUUAGCAGUGGAGUUAUUUACAUAGAAACAGAUUUCAUCUUUACUUUAAAUCAAUAAACAUUUAAUGAUACAGAAUCCCUAGUUUACGAAGCUUAUCUACUUUCAGGAAAUGAUGAAAUUCUAUUAACAAAUAAAGACAGCAGUAGUUGGAUUCAUUUUGACAAUAGCACCUUAAAAUUUACUGGUUUUGCUGGUUAUUCAAAACUAGGAAGUAAAGCUUAUAUUAAGGUUAAAGUUAAUGACGGGUAUUACUCUACAGAUGAUAUAUUUAUUAUCAAAAUAUAUGGUAUUCCUUUUGAAAUUGUAUUUAAUCGUUUUAUAGCUGCAGUCUCUGGUUUAUCUGGUCUUUUUGUUGUUUGGAAAAUGAGAGGACUAAUACACAUGAUUCUAUGUAAAAGGAGGAUAAGAUACUCAACAGAAAUAGUAAAGAUAGGUGAAGAAUACAGAAAAUAAAUACCUGUAGUUAUUCCUUACAUAGACAGAUGUGCAGAAUUUAUCUCGAUAUUCUUAAAAUACAUUGAAGCAAGGAAAAAAUAAGAGCUACUUAAACCUAAGAAAACCCUGUUCUGCAUUAAGAGGUACAAACACCCUUUAGAGUACUUUGUUGAAGAAAAGCAGUUGAAUCAUUUUACAGAUGAGUCGGCAUAAGGAUAAUCUUAAAGUUACAAUAUAAUUAAUAUGGAAAAAGCAAUAGAAUUAAUGCUAGAAUUUACAAACACAAUAAAAUCAGAAGAUAGAAUAGUACCUAAAAAGUGGUUUAAAAGUAAAUCUCACAUAAGUUAGAAAAUAUUAUCGGCUUUACUUAAUUACAAGUAUAUGACAGAGUUUGAUAAAAAAACCUUUGAAGUUUUCAAAACUUUAAAAAAGAAAUCAAUUUUAAGAAGAAAAUAUAAAUCAGAAAGAUAUUAAUACUUCUCUUCACUUGACUGGUAUUUAGAGUUUGUUAAAAUUAACAUUAAUGAAGAAGAUAUCUACAACAAAGAAAACGAAGUUAGAUUACCUGAAGUUUCAGUUAACUUUUCUAAAAUCACUAAAAUUUACAAUUAGACACAAUAUAAUAACCAAUCAGAAUUUGAUAAUAAAAUGUACGAAAUAGAUUAAUAGAGUUUUAUUGAAGAAGAUUUCUCUAGUUAAUUAAGCUUAAAAAUACCUGGUUGCAACGAUCAUUUACUAGUUGAAAACUUAAAAAAUUACUCAUUAGGUAUUGUUAGAUAGCUAGGAUUUUUUGAGGCAUUAAUAUAGUCUACAAGAGGUUGCAGUGUACAUGUAGACCCCUCUACAAUAAAUAUUAUUAAAGCUAUGAAAAAAACUAUUUCUUAAGGUUUUGUUAGAAAGGUAAAAGAGUUUAUUAGUAUGGAUUACGACGACAUAGAAUUACAGCUAAAUAGAAAGCUACCUAAUUGGUUGACUUGUGAGUGGUAAAAUGGAAGUAUAUACUUAAAAGGAACUCCUGAAAAGAAAGACAUGAGGAAUUACUAAAUUAGGUUAGAAGAUAUCAGCUAAUUUAUCCUUAUGAAUUAUAAACUCUUAAUAAUUGAUGGAGAUAAAUAAUAAACUUAACUACUCUAACCUCAUAUAAAAUAGGAAAUGUAAGAUCAUUUAUCGUUUGAUGAUAACGAAGGAGUAGAGACACUAAACGUAAUGAUCAAAAAACAAAAGCAAAUGGAAAUGCUUAAAUCUUAAAAGACAAAAUAAAAAAAAUUAAUGGAUUUAGAGUAAACUAAUCUUUAAAGCAAAUAAGAGAAUCAAGUUAUUUCACAAGAUAAUAAUAACAAUACAAAUAAUGGCAAGCAAAGUAAAGAAAGCAAUUCUAAUUAAAAUCAGAAUAAUCAGGGAGAUAAUACCAAUUUCUUUUUACCUAUAACAAAAGAUGAAUAGACUAAAUCUUUGAGAGGUUAAAAUUCAGAUGAAAAAGUAUUAGAUUAGUAAAAUGUUUUAAUUUAAAUCGAGGAAUAAGAAUAAUGA